AUGGCCAGCCACGACCUUCUUGACAUCGAAGACGCCCUGGUGUCCGACACCAACCCGGCCCAGGAUGCUGAUAACGGAGUGCUGGAUGUUCGGCGCUGUGCCAGGCUGCAAAACUACCUCGUCGCCCGCGGCUGGAUGGCGAGGAAUAAUAAACAGCCCGAAGACCUGCACCACCUGCUUGUCCGGCCAUCCUACGAGUCGAUAUACGCCGACCAGCUCACUCGUGUCGGCCACAUAAUUGACCCGGACCUCAGGUCGUUCCUCGCCUCCAUCAUUGCUCCAGAUGAAGAGCGGCGGGUCAAGGACGCUUACCUCUUCUACUGGGUCACUCAUGUCGCGGACCCGGAUAACUUGGUCGAUACUGAUGGCUACUACGUGAUAGACCAGAAUGAAGACGAGACCGAGGAUGACCUCCCUCGCUAUAUUCUGCUCUACCAUGCCGUCUUCGAACUGGGCGGCCACCAAGUAGGACUCGUCUAUGAUCAGCAGCGCCGCCGGGUUGCUAUGAUCCUAGCUAUGGAGCUGACUGACCUGGUAAUUCCCGUCGACGAGCAUGAGAAACGAUGGCAUCCACUCGAGACUAUGCUGAGCAACUGGAUCGAGAUGAUCUCGGUAGGCAAGAUUGUGCCUGAGUCUCGCGAGGGAUGGGCGAAAUGGGAUGCCCACGAUGUCUGGCGAUGGAAUCCGUUCGGUGAUAGGCAGAAGGGAACUGGUUGA